AUGGUCCUGCAGGUACAAUUCUUAUGGAGAAAUUGCCUGUACGAAACGGCUGGCCCAAGGAGAGGCAGAUAAAUGGAGCCAGAAGUCACCACGGAAUACUGACCUGCAGACGGCAGAGCAUUACGUCCGGCAAGGUUUUCAGGCAGCGGCCAAUAACUUACAGAGGGCAAAAUAUGUCAAACUCUCUCGUUGUGUCAGCGACUGCUCAACCACUGACCAAUACCAGCGCAUUCGUGAACCCAAUACGUACAAGAGACUUACACAAUACAUAGGAGAACUACCGCAACAUAGACGAUUCAAAGGCCCACAGCAAGAUGUUGACGAAACAAAUACAGCUCUUCUAAGUCCCGAACAAUAUUCAUCUGCCGGGCAGAUAGACGUGAGCCGCAUACCAAGCAAUCCUGAUUCCAAGAUGCUGGGGAACAAAUUAGGCCGGUGGCCUAAAAGUACCUCGGAGCAGGAUUUAUGGGCCCUUCAAAAUAGUAUUAAUAGAAUACAAAUGCACUGUGUCCAAGAGAUAUUGAAGACCUUGAAGACAUACAUGCUCAAGCAUCUCCCUCAGUGUGACACAAAACAAGCCAUGAACGCAGCCGCACUCAAACCUCAAAUAACUCAACACCUUCAGCAACAAAGAACUGUUCAGAACAAAGAAGUCAUUUCCCAAUGGUCGAAAACUGUACCGAUUAAGCCAGUACAUACCCCAACGCAGAACGAACUAGAACACUUCAAUGCGGCUGUGAAAAAGACAGCUGGAGCCACGUUCGAAAAGACGCGUCACCAGUUUUACAAAGCCAACGUGGUUCAAAGGACACCACAGCAGGAUGGAACAGAAAAAUACUUAGCGAAUGUUAUCGGCCCUGAGAACAGUGCGACGGGAAUUAAGUCCGCGCAACGCAUUGUCAAACAAAGUGUCCAUGUCCAAGCUAAUUCGCGAGAUAAGAAACAACAAGAAAAAUACAUUAUGCGCAAGCAAAUUGGUCAAGCGGUACUGCACGCAAACACACGUGAAGAAACUACUCAACGCGAGCAACUAAACGCGGAAAAGACAGGUGCGCGAAAGAAUAUUCCAGCUCGUACCGAAAGCCUGAGCAAGUCAAACGUAGGUGCUAAAGUAGGAUCGAACACGAUGAACCACGUGGCCGCACCAGUGCAGUACCAAACGCAGCGCAAUUUAGCAGCUCUGUGGCAGUCCAGAAAGGACUCUGGGGAUUCAUUGCACACAUUGAAUACGCCAGGAUUCCUAAAAGGUGUUAAAGGCAACUGGAAGCCACAAGUGCCUACGAAAAGUGAAACUCUUACAGUAAACGGCAUAAAAGGAUCUGGGCCCUCUGUCCAACCAUUCAGAAGAGAUUCUAGUAUUUUGUAUAGUCGUGAGUCAGCGUUGAAUCGCCCACGCGUUCGGCAGGAAGGUCAGAUGAAUGAGGUACAUGAGAAUGAUGUGACGCGAUAUAUCGCCCUCAACGCACGAAAUGAAGAGCAUUUGCGCCGUCAGAAUAGUGGGAUGGCAAAUAAGUCCGCGCGACGCUUUUUCAAACAAAGUGUCGAUGUACAAGCUAACUCUCAAUAUGCGAAGAAACAGCAAGGAAAAUACAUUCUGCGCAAGGAAGUUGGUCAAGCUGUAUUUCACGCAAAAACGCGUGAAGAAGCUGCUGGAGGUUUCCUCUCGUCCCCAGACGGACCGCCCCAGUAUCAACAUAGAAACUUGGACGCAACAAAAGGGCAGCAGAUCGGUGAAAAUUUCUCGUUGCAGAGGGCAGAAAAAGGGGGACACGGACAUCUAUUAAUGGAGCUUCAAGAGAAUUCAUUGGAAUUGUUGGAGGAGAAGACCUUACCUCAGAAUAGGAUAGUUGGCUCACGCGGAACGAAGUGGGGGAAGUCGGGUUUGGUAAAAACCGUCGGUGAAGUGAACAUUAAAGGGCAACCCACACGACUGUCGUCUCAAAAGCUGACUGUAGACAACCCACGCAGUUACAGCGCCAAAACACAUUUAAGGCCAUAUGGCAGAUUGGCCUUAGACCAUUCGCAAGACGAAGAUAUACAUCACAAGAGAAGAAGCGACGCACGAGACGAUCUCCAAGAUGACAGCAUCACUGAUUUCAGGCAAUUAGCACAGCGAAGCAGUGCCCAAAUCCCAGUCGCCGCAGCGAGCUCCAGCAUUGAGAAAGAAUCUAUUAUGCCGCCCACACCAAAUAAGGUAUUCAAUGAUGCAUCUCAUAACGUUAGAACACAAAAUUCUGAACCACCCAAAGGAACAGGGAAGCAAAACGAGCAAACUUUUAAUCGCCCACCAGUCCGUUUGACACCGCAAGCGCAGCAGUCAACUAGUGUGAAACAAGCACCAAAACGAAAUAUGACAGUCCCAGAAACAGGUAUGCAACAUAAGCUAGAUACUGUGGUAGAUCUAGGCCGACAGGGAAACCCCACGCGAAACUCAAUGCCACUGCCUGGAAUCACAAAUCCACAACGCCCAGCUUUGACAGGUCAGGUGAACUCAGUACUAGAUCAUCAUUCACGGAGCAAUGAUAGCUCGCGACUAGGUUUUAAAUUGAGAGCAACUAGCCUGCAGCAUCCAACCUUACUUCACAAAGGAAACUCCGUGCCAGGGAGCAUCAAGCAGCCAUACAAUAAGCAGCGACAAUCUCGCCCGGCGCAGGUUAGCGGUCAGCAAAAGCCGAUUCCUAACCAACCGAAUUACUAUGUGACCAGCCGGCCUCCAGAAGCCAUGCAACAUGAGUCAGCUUCAGGCAGCAAUGCACCAAAGGUAGUUCAGCCAACACAUAUUCACAAAAAGGCAGCAACCUCUGUGGAUCAGCCGACAGCUAAACACAAUCCAUCAAGUGUAGAACCAACUGGAGCUUCUCAGAGCUACAAAAACGUUGUGACCAGCAAGCCAUUAGCAAAAAUCAAGGUAACGAGACCGGUACAUGCCCUACAGCCAAUUUUGCAAGACCGAAAUAAGCCUGGAUCAAGUCGAUUUCAAAUUCCGAAGAACAACCAAAGUUCCGCACUAGACUCAAAAGAUGCGAGUCAACUUAAGCAUGUUCUGAAUCGCCUAAAAAACCAGUCGGCGCCUGUUUUUAACCUGAAAAAACGAGAACCCCAUAAGCGAGCUGCAGAUGAACUGCUUGUGCAUUUUCCAACUUAAGUAAAGAAGGAACCAUAUGAUGAAAUAAAUUGAGGCAUCAUACCAUGCAGUUGAGCCUUGUAGAUAAAAAUAACCAAGCGGCAAUAAAAAAUGUGCUAUGUACAAUGCAAUAACAGAAGGCCGAGAAAACUGAAGGCGUAAAAUAGCAGCCUCGUGGGGACGUUGUAUCCUCUUCAUAAUUGUGCAACGGUGCACGAAACAGGAACAAUAGAAAAGCGAUAAUGAAUGGCUUACAUGAGAGCUUGGGGGCUAUUUUGCUUGACAAAUGAGAACGAUUACAGAACAAGAAAUAUCUCACAGUAAAUCCUGUCAACUUUUCACGCCAGGCUAAGACAUUCGUUGUUCAACCACUCUAGAACACUUCAAGUCUCCGCUUUCCUGUGAACACCCAGCCGGUCUCAGAACUGGCUGGUGUUGGACUGAUCACAGCUGUUGCUAUGCUACAACAGUAAUCAAGAUCAGACGUAUGCCGAUCGCAUUAACAAUGUUAUAUUUCUGAGCUUAGAUUGUCCUAAAUAAACAGCUAAUGUGCUA